UUCAACAGAGGCAGAACUUUGGCUCGCAGUUCGCUCACCCGUCCGCGGGUCCAUUUCCGGCCGCCUGUGCACCUGCCAUGUCAGUCUUCUGCUCUUUCACCACCAUGCACCAGCGCGAGCUCAAGCUAUAAACAGGAGAUUGUUUAUUUCUGUCUCCAGUGGAUCGACUCCGUAGAUUUCGUCUCUUCAUCUACUUGAGAUCAGAGGAUCGCGUCUCUUGCACCUUCAAUAACUUUUUGACGUUCGCGUCACUCAUCUUCGGCUACCUGUCCCGCUAUCUGUUCUCCCUUGUCCUGUCUCUUCUUGCCCUCCUCCCUUCUCCAAUCCCUUUUGCCGCCACUCACUACUAAAAUACGCGCUUUUAUAUCUAGUGUUGAAGAAAUUGCAGAUCUUUUUCUCAUGUCGGCCUCGAUUUCUGAUUACUUUCUGAUUCCGAGUGCCAGAGGUGGAGAUUGCCGGCCUUCUUUCGCUCGUAACAUUCCGACCAGAUGGCGGUAUCAGAAGCUCCGCUUUCCGAUCGCAGCAACGGCUCCAAAGGAGGUUCUUUGCGUCGAUUCCAAGGUUAAGAAUUUAUUGGACAGUAUAAAAUGGGAUGAGAAGGGGUUAGUGGUUGCCAUUGCUCAGAAUGUGGACACUGGAGCUGUUCUAAUGCAGGGAUUUGCAAACAGGGAAGCUCUUGAAGCUACCUUUUCGUCUCACAAGGCAACUUUCUACAGCCGGUCAAGGUCAUCUUUGUGGACAAAAGGGGAGACUUCAAGCAAUUACAUUAAUGUGCUUGACAUUUUUCUUGACUGUGAUCGUGAUUCUGUAAUAUAUCUUGGGAAACCAGAUGGCCCUACUUGUCACACUGGUUCAGAAACAUGCUACUAUACUUCUGUUUUUGAUAUAUUGGAAGAUUCACAGAAAAACAAGGAGCGGUUGGCAUUAACAACAUUGUAUUCAUUGGAAACUAUAAUUUCUGAACGAAAACAAGAAUUUGAAACAGAGCAAAAUAGGAAGCCCUCAUGGACUAGGAAGCUUAUGCAUGAUAAUGAACUACUUUGUUCUAAGAUCAGCACCUUAAAUGGACAAUUCGGCACUUGCUCGCUUAUUGUAGAUGGUAAAGCUUGGACUCUGAACUUGCACCUCUAGCCAUUAAGCAUAUCAAUAUCUUAAUGUUGUCAAUAAUCAGCAAAGCGCAAGGAUUUCUUCUCUCUUGUUGAAGAGAAGCUUUCUAGUUGGUUCAGUGCCGACUAUCUAACCCCAACUCAAAGGCAGUGUCACAUCACAAUUCUAUUAAGUUGUACUUCAUAAUUCUUGUUAUUUUAUCACUGUAAUGACCAUAUAUGCCAUCAUAAUUCUACAAAGAUGUCUAGGUAGUGAGGAUCCUCUACUAAGAAACCGUUUUAGUAUUUGCAUACUGUAUAAGGGUUUUCUAUCUCUCUAAAGAAUUAGAAAUCAUUGUAGUAUCUGCAUCAUAAUUCUACAAGGAUGUCUAGGUGGUGAGAUCCUCUAUGAAGAAACCAUUGUAGCAUCUGCAUCUUCUCAGUAUUCUUGGUUUAUCUUUAGGAUAGCAGGUUUAUGUACAGGUGGUCUGAUCCUCUACUAAUAAACCACUGUAUCAUCUGCAUUUUGCAUAAGGGGCAUGCCUAUAUCUCCAAGGUCUUAGAAUGCAUCUUCCCGGUAUUUCGGUAUAUGUUUCUGAUUGAAGCCUGAAGGCUUUUCUUUACACUUAUUGGAUGUUGGCAAAUUGUAAAUUCAUGUACAAUGCAACUAUUCAGGCUCACAGAGUUUUUAAUAAAAUAAUUUAAAAAUAUAUUAUAAAUUAAACAUUAUCAAUCAUUAUCUCUACUCAACAUAUGGAACUGAGCCACUCAUAUGGAAGGAGUUGCUUAUACUUCUGCAUUUGAGAAGCUGGAUUCAGUUUUUUAUGUUGGUUUUUCUUAGCAUAUUCAAGGCUAUGCCAUACUAUGCAUAAAUCAAUCCAUAUGAUCUCUCUAAUUUAUAUCGAUUGCUCUCUAG